AUGGCAGUGGAACAGAUUUUGGAAACUUCGAUAUUUCUAAAAUAUUGGAAUGUAAUACUUACAAUUACGCUUAUGGGAAUUUUAAGUAAAUGGCUAUGGAACAAAAGGAACAACAAUGCAGUAGUUAAUAAAGAAAAUAUCAGAGGAGAAAUAUUUGCUGAUUCUACUUCAAAUGCCGAAGAUGUCGACUACACACCUGCACUGGAAGAAAAAGAACACAUACCAUAUGCUGGAGCCACUGUAACACUCACUGGUGGAGCUGCAGAAUUCUACAAAAUAAUGAACAAUCGGCGUAGUGUACGUUCAUAUAGACCGCAGCCAAUACCUCCCAUUGAGGUAAUUGAAAAUUGUAUACGUACGGCUGGUACAUCACCAAGUGGAGCCCAUACAGAACCCUGGACAUUUUGUGUUAUUACCGAUCCCGAAAUAAAACAAAAUAUACGUAAUAUAAUUGAAGCCGAAGAGGAACUAAACUAUGCUCAACGUAUGCAUAAACAAUGGACCACGGAUUUGAGGCCACUGAAAACAAAUCACGUAAAACCAUAUCUAACCGAUGCUCCAUAUUUGAUAUUGGUUUUCAAACAAACCUAUGGUCUAACGAAAGAUGGCAAACGUAAGCAACAUUAUUACAAUGAGAUAUCGGUGUCGAUAUCUGUGGGUAUUCUAUUAUGUGCCCUGCAGGCGGCAGGAUUAAGUUCGCUGAUUACCACUCCAUUAAAUUGUGGUCCAGCAUUACGUACCCUACUAAAUAGACCUGCCAAUGAGAAGUUAUUAGUUUUAUUACCGGUUGGUUAUCCUGCGGCUGAUUGUAAAGUACCUGAUUUAGAACGUAAACAAUUGAAGGACAUUAUUGUUAGAUAUUAA